GAAGGCGCGAAUUGAUGUUGUUCGAUUUAUGUUUGAAGUAAAACAACAUUGGAGAAUUAUUUAAACAAAAUUUAAUUUCCUCAAUGUAUUGGGAUUAGUUGUUUAAAAUGGCAUCAUCACCGUCAGAGUAUACCAUUGGUGGAGUGAGAAUACUUUUUCCAUGCAAGGCAUAUCCAUCUCAGCUUGCCAUGAUGAAUUCAAUCAUUCGUGGUUUGAACUGCCAACAACACUGUCUGUUAGAAAGUCCUACUGGAAGUGGAAAGAGUCUUGCAUUGCUUUGCUCUGCACUGGCCUGGCAGCAGUCUCAAUAUGAGAAAACUAGAAAAGGAAAUUGCUUCAAUGAUCGCAAGAAACAAGAAAGCCCACUUGUCUGUUUCUGUGUCUGCCACGGAACGAAAAUACCUCCUGAUCAAACAGCUAUGACAGGACAGGUCAGCUCAGCUGUUGCAGAAAAUGAAAAACCCUCAAGUUUAAAUCAAGAUGCUGCAUAUAGUCCAAGGAAUACAUUGUCCUCCAAACUGCACAACAUGAUGAAAGCAGCUUUAAAUAAGAGUGAUGAUGAUUUUCAGUCAGAGAAAAAGCGGAUGCGUAUGCCUGUAAAUGAUCCAAAGAUUCAAAAGCGGAGGUGCUUUGAGAAAGGAGUAUGUUAUAUUGAUUGCGAUGAUAUGACUUUGGAUCAAGGGGAUACUGGAUCAUGCAAGAUGAAUGUAAAUUCUGAGGAGCCACAUGUUUUACAUUCUCCACAAGUUUCUCGCCCCUGUAACCUGUGCACUUGCUGUUUGAAGACAAAUAGAAAUGAUGAAAGUGUUGCAAAAGGGAAGGAUAAUGUAAAAUCACAAGUCCCAAAAAUAUUUUUUGGCACUCGCACACAUAAGCAGAUAACACAAGUCACUCAUGAACUUCGGCGUACAGCUUACUCGUAUGUUCGAAUGACUAUCCUGUCCAGUAGAGAUCACACCUGUGUACACCCUGAGGUCUCUAAUAGUUACAAUAGGAAUGAAAAAUGCAAGGAACUCCUAGAGGGGAAAAAUGGAAAAUCAUGCCGUUACUAUCAUGGUGUCCAUAAGAUGAAGGAACAAAGUUCUUUACAGGAGAUUCAUGGUUUGCGAAUUGCUUGGGACAUUGAAGAGUUGGUGAGCCUGGGAAAGAAGCUUCGCUCAUGUACAUACUUUGCAGCACGUGAAUUGAUGCAAGAGGCAGAUAUUGUAUUUUGCCCAUAUAAUUAUCUUCUGGACCCACAAAUAAGGGAGAGUAUGAAGAUUAACUUGAAAGGCCAAAUUCUUAUCUUUGAUGAAGCACAUAACAUUGAAGACUGUGCAAGGGAAUCUUCUAGUUUUAGUGUCACAGAAAAUCAGCUGUUAUUUGCUCGCGAAGAAUUGGACGCCAUGGUCAACCAAAACAUCAGGAGAAGUGAUCAUGAGGCACUGCGGGCUGUCUGUUAUAGUUUUACAAACUGGCUAAAGGAGAGUUCUGGCAAUCUGGUGGAGCGGGAAUUUGAAACAUCUUGCAAAGUCUGGAAUGGGAAAGAAAUGAUAAAUAUUUUUCACAAUUGGGGAUUAACUAGUGCUACAUUUAAUAUGCUGCAGAAACAUCUGGAUGCUGUGAUAGAGAAGGAAGAAAAGAUAGUGGUGCUGAAUGGACAGGAGGAGUCAGUAACAGUUCCAACUAUAAGUGCUGCAACACAAAUGGUGCUGAAAGGACUCUUCGUGGUACUUGAUUUUUUGUUCAGGAACAACAGCAGUUUUGCAGAUGACUAUAGGGUGGCAGUACAGCAGGUAUAUACAUGGACCAACCAGCCAGAUUUCAUUGAUGAAAAUGGGUUCUUUGUACGGCCUCAGAAGAAGCGAAAUGCACGCAAGAAGUCUGCGGUACUGUCCUUGAACUUUUGGUGUUUAAAUCCAGCAGUGGCUUGUUCAGAUCUUAAUGUUGUUAGAUCAAUCAUUCUGUCGUCUGGAACUUUGUCCCCAAUGGAAUCAUUCUCUUCCGAGUUGGGUGUGAAGUUCAGUAUCCAGCUGGAGGCUAAUCAUGUAAUUGAUAACUCUCAGGUAUGGGUAGGAACAAUUGGAAUGGGACCAACUGGACGAAAACUCUGUGCUACUUUCCAACAUACUGAGACGUUUGAGUUCCAGGAUGAGGUUGGAGAUUUGCUGCUGAAGAUUUGCCAAGUUAUCACUCAGGGUGUACUCUGUUUUCUGGCUUCCUACAAGAUGCUGGACAAGCUGCAAAGUCGCUGGAUGCUCACAGGAUUAUGGGGGAAGCUGGAGAAAGUAAAGACAGUCAUUGUCGAAUCAAAAGGAGGUGACAAAAGUGACUUUGAUGCAUUGCUGCAGUCGUACUAUAACGUAAUAAAGGAUGGGGAAAACAAAGGUGGAGCUCUCUUGGUAGCUGUUUGCAGGGGAAAAGUCAGCGAAGGGCUUGAUUUCACUGAUGAUAAUGCUCGUGCAGUAGUUACAAUAGGAAUUCCUUUUCCAAAUGUCAAAGACCUUCAGGUUGAAUUAAAACGGAAAUAUAAUGACCAGCAUUCAAGAACACGUGGUCUGCUUCCUGGUAGUCAGUGGUAUGAGAUUCAGGCAUUUCGAGCAUUGAAUCAAGCCCUUGGAAGAUGUAUUCGACAUAAGACUGACUGGGGAGCACUGAUCCUGGUUGAUGACCGAUUUAGAAGUACUAACAAAAAAUAUAUAGCAGGACUGUCAAAAUGGAUCCGUCGGCAAAUUCAACACCAUCCAAACUUCAGCUGUGCUCUAGAUUCAUUGACCAUGUUUUCCAAUGCUCAGCAGAAAAUUGUUGAUGAUUUACCCAAGGUCCUCAAUAGAAUGCCAGCUAUUGCAACUGGAUGUUCAAAUGAAAAAUUUCCAAAGCCCGCAGAGGAUAAGAACAAAGAUGGUCAGUCACAGAUUGUCAGCCCUCAAGCCUCAUUAGAAAAUAAUAUUUUGAAGUGCACCCAACCCAAAGCCUACAUAGAAAAAGAAAAUAAUAGUCCCAGUGCAUUUCCUACAUCUCCCUUCUGCAAUACCAGCAAAGUGAGCAUCAGAGGAAGACCAGGUAACAAGAGAGAGAAUUCUUCUGCAGGCAAUAUUAUCAAGACUCCACUCUUCAAAAAUUCUAGUACCAAAAUGAAAAGUGAUUUCUCAAGAAUAGCAUCAGCAUCCACCAUGCAGAGUUUCAGUAAAAAGCCCUCGACUUCAGCACCCAUUACACAGAGACAGCAAGAAAUGGAAGUAACUUCAUUACAGUUUGAGUCUCUGUUGCAUGGAGAUACAAAUACAUCAAUAGGUUUUAAAGAGGAUGUAUUAUUAAAUGCAGCUCCAUGUCCAUUUGAAAAUAAUAAGGACAAUCAAACGGCUUACAAUAGUAUGGAAAAUUCUUAUAACAGUUCCAUGGAUGUGUUACCUUCCUCUGUUGUGGGAUUAUCCUUUGACGAUGAAGGAAAAAUGACGGAAAUACCACCCUUGAUUGGCAAUGAUAGGCGGCAGCCUAAGGAGGCAGAAGAGGGUGUUCAGGAUGAGACAUCAUGUUUCACCCCAGAGCUUUUUGACCAAGAUUCAGAGGAAAACUGUUCAGAAACAGUAAUUGCUAGUUCAACAUGCACAAAAAAAGCUGAUUGCAUCCAUGAUCGUACUGUUAUGCCUGAAAUCAUAAGAAGUGAAUGUAUGGAGAUCUUUCAGUGCACAAAUGAUGGAUCCAGUAACAGUACAACAGAAUUCAGGGAAAAUAAUAAAACACAAUCAGGUUUUGAAUGGAAGAAAGCUGAACCCAGUGGCCUGUGUUCAAAUUUGGAAGUGAAAGACAAAAGUAUAUCUAAGUUAGCUGUUCCAGUUGACAGUGAGGAGGAGACCAACAUUAGAUACCAGGAGGUUGCCAAACUGGGAAAAACUGACAAAGUAGCCACAAGCAGGAAUCAUAGACUAUCCAGAUCUAGAAGUAAAGGAACUACUACUGCUUCAGCUUCAUCUGGAGGAAAAGAGCAAUCAGCUUUUCCUGUUGAGUUUCCAAAGGCUUUAUCAAAGGUUUCUGUCCUAAAAGAGCAAGGAAACUGUUCAAAGGAGCGCAGCACUUUCCUAAGAAAUAGGAGAAAGUCUGCAGAUGAGGAUAGUGUUAAACAGCCAGUACAAAGUACAUUAGCCAAGCUUGAAGAUAUUCUGAAAAUGCCAAAUAAGAUAUUAAGUGAAAAACAAAAGGACUGUUCCAUUAAAUGCAACAAACUCCAAAAACAAAGCAAAGUGACAUCAUGUGAAAGGAACUGUCUGAUAGAGGGGAAGAUUAGAAGGCCUCAUGUUAGGGGAGUUAUCCAGGGAGUAAAAGAGAAUUCAUUUGUGGAGGAAGUAUCAAGAGGAUACACUUCAAAUGGAUCAAGCAUGAAAAUUAAUUUUGAGGAAAAUACAGGAAAAAGUAAAUCUAUUUCAUCUCAUGUAACUGGUUGUAAGAAUCAAAGGAAAAUUAGAAGAGCAGAAAAUCUAUCUUUAAUUCAACCUAAUUAUAAACUGAGAAGUAGGUCUGUAAAUAUGCUUUCUAUAACACCCUAUCAAAAGAGAACAGAUGUAAGAACCCUAAAUCAUGUAAGUAAUGGUAAGGGCAGCCUUGUUAAUCAGACUGAUGGAGCAUAUGACCAGUUAUACAGUAAAAGGUCCUGCAAGGGAAUUUUUCCCAAGGAAUAUAAAAGUAAGAUUAAAAUGUCACGUAAUUUUAAAACAAUGGCAAGACUUCAAUUAAAAGAAAAAAGACGAAGAAACUGUUACAGCAGCCAGCUGUUGGCCAAUUCCUUGGGGUGUGAAGGAGAACAUAAUAGAAAUUUAAAAUCUAUACAAGAGAAAGCACCCAUUAUUCAAUUUGAAAUAUUAAUACCGGAGGAGUGCUCUUCCCCAGUGAAGUUAGCCCAGGUACAGCACAGUGAAGAUAAUGUGGAAAAUUCAAAUUCAGGCGUAAGUUAUAAAGAAAGAAAUUUGAGAGCUGUCCUACAUGAUAAAUAUUCAGAACCAAUGGACAAACUACCUCAACCAGAAGGACAUACAAACAUAGAUGAAAUUAAUCCUGAUAUCAAUGUAGGUGAUGAUGCUCUUAUUGCAAAGGAAGCAUCAGGAAAUAACUCAUCAGCUAUGAAACAAAUAAUCUCUAACACUGAAGUGAACAAAAACAUCUCAGAAGGUGAGAUGCUUAUUAACUUGUAAUAUUUUUCACCAUAUUAGAUCACAAAGUUAAUUUAAAAUGUUUUUUGGGGGAUUUAAUUUAGAAAAUGUUUAGUCUACAAUGGUCAAUUUUUUGUGAUAAGUUGAAUUUGAUUAAUGUAUAGGUAAACAAGAGCAUAGUUUUAAAAGCCCUGGCCAACACUUACAGAUGAAUUCCAAAUCUACAGUCUUCAAACUGCUUUCUCCAAACGUAGAAUAAUAUGUAACAGUAAAACAUGUAGUUAUAUGUUUAGUCACAUAAUUCUACCAUUUCCAUCAGGUCAGGUGACAACUCUGGUGUAGUGAGAGGUGGAAGAGCAUGCCAAGAGCAAAGCCACAUACAGCUGAAAAUGGAAAAACUCACGUGAUAUCCAAUAAUGCAGUAUUAGGUGGAAGAUGCAUCGUGCAAUAAGCAUAUCUAGGCAAUGCCAAACUUAAAACUCACAUGAUAGAGUGAUUAAGAAAGUGUAUGGUUAAAGAUCUGUUAAAGAUGGUGCUGGCGAGUCACAGCGACACUUUGCAGGCAGCAAUUAAAUUACUAACUAUUCUAUUAAUUACACUUUUUCUGGACUAUGAUCAUGGCAAUCUGCAGCCUGUAAUUUUCCCAUCUGUACAAUCUGGCAUUUUUGUGGUAUCCUGAAGGAUUCAGCAAACUGGAAUCUUGAGAAUGCAGGUACUGCUGUGGCAGCCAUUGCUGGAGCAGACUUGGGACUGGAUCAAAGCAGUGGGGCUGGAGCCCGAGAGUGAAAAAUGAACCAAUGUUUGGCCAAUUUAAGCGCUGAGCUAGAUUAUAAGAUCAAGGUAUUGAGGGCGAAGGAUCAACCGGUGUUUAUCUCACUACUGUGUGUGGUUUACUUGCCUUGGCGCUGAAUGGGCUUUGUGUCUGCGACCUGUAGGCAUUGGGCUCCUGGACCAACUGCAGUUCAUGUUCUGUAUGUUGUUUACUUUUUUAUUAUUUGCACCAUUUAUUCUUUUUUUUCUGCACAUUGAUUACUUGACGGUCUUUGUUGUAUGUGUUUUUCUAAUAGAUUUUAUUGUGUUUCUCUGUUUGAUGGCUGCCUGCAAGAAGAUGAACUUCAAACUUGUAUAUAGCAUACAUAUUUUGAUAAUAAAUCUAAUUUGAACUUUGGUAUAUUGGCCUUCAUUAGUUGGGAGAUUGAGUUCAGGAGCUGUGAAGUAUUGUUGGAACUCUAUAAAACUGGUUAGACCACCCUUGUAUGCAUUUUGGUCGCAUCAUUAUGAGAUGAAUGUGGAAGCUUUAGAGAGGGUGUAAAGGAAAUUUAA